AUGCCGCUCCCUGAGUCCGAGGCGAUUCCGCCUCUGCCCAGUCCAGAGGAUAUCAUAAAUGCCAAGUCUGAUGACAAGAAAGAUGCACGCCGCCGGUUGAUGGAGUCUAUCAUUCAGGCCGGAGUCAAGGCCUUCGAUCCGGAGGGCCCUAGCGGGUCGAGAGACCAGGCCAUCCACGAGUUUGACGACAUCAAGAUACUGAAUCUGCUUGGAGCGCUUAACAUCCUGGUCCGACCAGGCAACGCCCCCAAAUGGCUUCGGCCGAAGCUGAUGGAGAAGCUGACCCUAGUGCCACUCCGUCCAAACGGCGUAAGGGGAACGCUCGAGUUCGUCUUCUCGGUACACCCCUCCAGCACUGUGAAGGUGUCAGAGGCCGCCGUGCCGCAGAAAAGAGGAGCCAACAUCACUCAUGAAGCCCUUAGUCUAGCCAGCAAUCUACUAUCGGCACCCCCAGCCUCCGUGACUCCUGAGAAGUGGUAUUCCACCAUUGCGCCGCAAUUGCUUGUCCUUCUCGAUGGAGGUGAAGGACCGGAGCUCGUAAAGGCUGCGGCAUAUGUCAUUGGGUUUGGAAUCCUUGGUCGGAAGGCGUCAGGAGCCCCAGGCACUGCCGGUUGGAAGUUUCUAGCUGAGCCGAUUCUCAACUGCAUCAAGCCUCCUCCUGGCCAAACGCUAGUUCAAAGUGAUAACAUGGGUUAUCUAGGUGGGUAUGACAGGAAUCGCCCAGAGUGGGUGUACAAAGCAGUUAGGGAGGGCGAGAUCGACAUUGUGGACGUCAGACAUCGUAUUGGGAGCGAAGCAGGUCUUGUUCCUACAUUAGAGGACAUUGAACGCAAAACUCCAAGGCUGCUCGACCUGAUUGGAUCAAGUCUCACUGAUGCCGAUAUCUCUGGAGCCUUUCUUGAGCUCUUGAAGAGAUGGCUCAAGUCUCAGCCCAAAAGCGAGACCAUCAUCAUGAUUCAAGAGAAGGGAGACGAACAGGAAGAUCCCGUUGCCAAAAUGGCUGAGCUUAAGACUCUCUAUUCUAUGAUGGAGAAGUUCCCUGAUAAACUGGCUACUCAACCCAAGCAUAUCCUUGAUCUUGUCAGCCAGAUCCUCAGCAACUCCACCGCCCAGUCAAGAAACGACGAUGAGGAGGUAGCCGGUGUGGCGCUGAGCUUGCUGAACAUGAUCAUUACAGUGCCCGGUUUCCAGAAGUCUCGCGUUGAUCCAGACAUACUUUCAUCAAUCGAGAUAGCACUUGACAAACUAUCCAAAGGCUCUAACAGCCUCUCUCAAACGGCGAACAACCUCCGACUCCUGCUCCUCUACCGUGACGAGAUCGAGCCUCCUUCAUCUACUGCAGCGCCUACUGACCGACAAAUCGAAGAUCGCAAAACAUAUGCCCUUGCUAUCCAAUACAUCACCCAGCCCGACAACCCGCCCCCUGUCAGGUCCGAAGGCCUUAACCUCAUCGGCGGCCUCAUCACUGCACGGUCCCCUGUCCUUGACAUUCCCGGCAUCUUGGUCCUACUUUCCAGGCUCAUGUCUGAUGCUGAUGAGUACAUCUAUCUUCGCGUCAUCAAGCUUUAUACCCUUCUAGCCAACAAUCACCCACGAGCCGUCACUACCGAGCUUGUUGAUCACUUUGUCGACCUUCAUGAAAUGCACCAACAGGUCGACACACGGCUACGCUUUGGCGAGGCACUCUUGCAGGUUGUCCAGCGCAUGGGAGAGACCUUCAUGGGCGAGAUAGCUACGCGAGUUGGCCAGGCACUACUAUCGAUUGCGAGCCGCCGAGGACGCAGACCUAAGACCGAAGCCCGUCAACGCAGGGAAGCCAAGCUGAGAGAAAUGAAGAACCGAGAGGCGGCUGAGGCAUGGGGCGGCGAGGUACCGGAGUUUAGCGAUGAUGAUGAAGGGAUGACGGAGGAGGAGAAAAAGCGGAAUGAGAUCAUCGCAAAGAUUGUUGAGGGAUGGGAGAGCAAACGGGGUACGGAGGAUGUGCGGGUACGUGCCUCUGCACUCGGCGUUCUUGGUGCUGCGGUUGAGGUCAAUGUCGCUGGCUUGGGACCGACUCUCGUUACGACAGCGGUUGACUUGUGCAUCAAUGUGCUCACUAUGGAGCCUGAGAUGGAGAAGGGUAUCCUACGCCGGGCGGCAAUCAUGCUAGUCAUGUCGUUUAUCCGGGCACUAGAGGAAGCCAGACAGGCAGGCAAGCGACUGGGCACGUUCGGGUUUGGACACGAGGCACAGGAGGAUAUGAUGCGCACGCUGAGAUACGUUGCAGCCACAGAUAAUGAUGGGUUGGUCGUUCAGCAUGCCAAGGAUGUCGUGGAAAGUCUAGAGAACUGGCAGGUGGUGCAGCUGUUGCCACCAGAGAGGGAGCAGGCGCAGGGGGUAGGCGCUCUUGGAGGUUUAACUAAGUUGAGAGGGUUGGAGGUCGAUCCUCAGAGAUCAGUCAAGGUAAAGGAAGAAGAAAGCCCUGGAGGAAGGAGGAUUGUUAUUGAGGAGAUUGAGUGA